ACCAAUUUUCAUCUCUGGUUCCGUGCCCAUUGUUUCUUUCUUUUUGGCUAUCCAUUCCUCAAAACUCCACCCUCUUAUAGCGGUAGACAUGACGGCUGCCGGGAUUCCCUUUUAUCUCGUAUUCUUUCUGCUAUCAUCGACCCUUUCUUCUUCUUCUUCUUCUUCUUCUUCUCUCCUCAUCUUCAUCCCGGAACUGAAACUGCUGAAAAAGAAGGCAAAACAAGAUCUUUGCAUUCAGAAAUAUUAAGGGACGAGGCUGUUGCAAGGCUUAAUGACCUUGGAAAGGUGAGUGAUGCUGAUGACUAUCUUGAGAGAACGUUUAUGAGUCCGGCAUCGGUGAGGGCAGGAAUUCUUAUUCGUGAAUGGAUGGAGGAUGCCGGUUUGCGAACGUGGAUGGAUUCGAUGGGCAAUUUGCACGGUCGAGUUGAGGGAAUGAACCCAAGUGCUCAAGCUCUGCUAAUUGGCUCUCAUAUGGAUACUGUUGUUGAUGCUGGAAUAUUUGAUGGAUCAUUAGGUAUAAUUUCUGCUAUAUCAGCAUUGAAAGCUUUGAAAAGCAAUGGCAAGUUGGGAGAACUAAAACGGCCUGUCGAGGUCAUUUCAUUUAGUGAUGAGGAAGGAGUGAGGUUUCAAUCUACCUUUCUAGGCAGUGCGGCUGUAGCGGGAGUUUUGCCUCUUACGGCAUUGAAUACAUCCGAUAAGAGUGGUGUGACACUGCAAGAUGUUCUUAAGGGGAAUUCCAUAGAAAUUACAGAGGAAAGCUUGUUGGAGUUGAAGUAUGAUCCUUCAUCGGUUUGGGGUUACAUUGAGCUUCAUAUCGAACAAGGACCUGUAUUAGAAUGGACCGGUUUUCCUCUUGCUGUAGUUAAAGGCAUAGCUGGACAGACACGAAUGAAGGUUACGGUGAGAGGUUCACAAGGACAUGCAGGAACAGUACCUAUGUCGAUGCGUAGGGACCCUAUGGCUGCUGCUGCUGAGUUGAUUGUUUUGCUAGAAAAUCUGUGUAAACAUCCUCGAGAGUUCUUAUCGGAUGGUGGUAACUGCAAUGAAUACACCUUGGAAUCGUUGUCCACUUCUCUUGUCUGCACCGUUGGAGAGAUCUCGACCUGGCCGAGUGCAAGUAAUGUCAUUCCAGGCCAGGUAACAUUCACUGUGGAUUUACGCACAAUCGAUGAUGUUGGACGUGAGGCUGUUGUUUACGAACUAUCUAACCAGAUUUAUAAAAUAUGUGAUCGACGUUCUGUUUCUUGCAUCAUCGAACGGAAGCAUGAUGCUAAUGCAGUAAUCUGUGAUCAAGAACUGAGCUCACAGCUACGGUCUGCGGCCUACACCGCUGUCCAGAGAAUGACCGGGGAGAUUCAGGAAGAGGUUCCGGUGCUAAUGAGCGGAGCAGGGCAUGAUGCAAUGGCCAUAUCUCAUUUAACCAAGGUCGGAAUGCUAUUUGUACGGUGUCGGGGAGGCAUAAGUCAUUCCCCAGAGGAGCAUGUGUUGGACGAUGAUGUUUGGGCGGCCGGUUUAGUUGUGCUAGCAUUUCUCGAGUCUCACAUGUAAUUUGUAACAUUGAAAAAGUUUGCAAACCGUAAAUGUGAAUAGGACUAUCUUCUUCAAUAAAUCUGUUUUGUCAUUUGUCCAA